AUGAUAGACAACUGUUAUCGUUUCGGGGCUGUGUCAGGACGCUCAGGGGCAAUCGUGGUAAAAUUUGUCCGUAAGCUAUAUAUGGAGGCUUUUCUAGAGAAGAGACGACAGAAGAGAAACGUUAGUUCCCGGGACCUGGGUUACAUGGCAGGCGAGUCCACACCGGUGUACGUGAACGAGAGUCUUACAAAGGCGAAGAGACUGUUGCUGAAUGCGGCGCGUCAAGUGAAGGCAGAUAAACAUUACACUUUCCUGUGGGUGAAGAAUGGGCGAAUUUUUAUGCGGAAGAAUCAAGGGGAGCGUUAUGCUGACGAAAUCGAGGCUCUGCGCUCCAUAUAUGGAGACCAGUGGCAGAACGAAGACGAGCUAGCGGGGGCGUACCGUGUGGAGGUCACGGAGGGGAGAUGUGAAGCAGCGCUUCACAUCAAACUACCCCCUCAAUACCCAUGCAGUGCGCCCCCGCAGUACCAGCUCUCCGCUCCAGCGCUGACCCGGAGUGAAAAGCAGAGUCUCUCAGCUAGACUGGAGAAUAUUUAUCUGGAGAACCUUGGUGAAAGUGUCAUAUACCAGUGGGUGGAGGCACUAAGGGAGUUUCUCCAGAAUAAAUAUGUCUCCAGUAAUAACUUAAAAUUAGUGGAAAACGUAAAAAAUUCCAGCAGCCCAAAACUCAGCAACACCAAUAACAUGAAAAUCACCCAUGGGGACCCCGUCAUCGACCGGAAGAGCAUAUUUCAGGCUCAUGCAGCUCUUAUAACCUCCGUGGAGCAGGUCAAGGAGGUGUUGUCGACGUUGCUGGCCAACAAAAAGAUCGGCCAAGCAACGCAUAACAUUUAUGCGUACAGAGUGCUCCACGAGGGUUGCAUGCAUGAGCAAUGCGACGAUGACGGGGAGAAGGCUGCUGGGGGGCGACUCCUUCAUUUACUGCAGGCUACGGGGGCCACCAACGUGAUUGUGGUGGUGUCUCGCUGGCGUGGAGGAGUCAACAUUGGCCCAGACCGCUUUCGCCACAUUAACAGUGUGGCGAGGCAGGUACUGCUGCAGCUGGGCUUCGUUAAGAAGAAGUAG